GUACGCAUCACACACCAUGCUUGGUAAAGAGCUCGGGGCCAUCAUUGGCAUUGCGGGCAAAGUGGUCCUGGCCCAGGUCUACGGCGAUGACUUGUCCCCGAUCCUGACAUUAUGUGAUGUAAAUCAGGGGGAUCAGCUCAUGGCCGAGGUGACUCAGGACGUUGAUUACAACGGCCUCAGCUACGAUGGCGAGUGUGUUUCGUACUCGACGCCCGAUCAGGGUUACAACGUGAGUGGGCCGACCGAGACCACCAUCUGAUGGCGACAGUUCUGUGCGAGCCCUUUCCUCAUCUCCUUCUUUGCGGAUGACGUUGACAACGAUCGAUUCACCUGCGCCACAAGUCUCCUCGAGAACUGCGGAGGAUCAUGUCCGACCGGCACCCAGUGUAUCUAUACGGAGGACUACGGCGAUGGAACCGAGUUCUGGUCUUGUGGAGUCCUAUGUGGCUACGGGGAUACGGCUUCCAUCUGCUCGAAUGCUGGCGCUCAGCUCCUCAACCCCAACUAUGUCACCUACUGUGAUCAAAUUUCAGAUCAAUGUGGGAUCUGCUCUUCGGCCAGUCAAUUGGACAACUCGACCGUCACAGGUGGAUGUGCGACCCCCGUGCAGUCGUACCCCGCCCAACCGACAGGGCUCAGAAGAAAGAGGGACAGCUCUCCGCAGCUUCGGUUGGACACCACGGGCGGCUUUCAGGAUCGUGGCUGCCCCUCGGGAACUCGAAAAUGUGGGGACGAAGAUUCGUUUGAGUGUGUCGACAUUCUGAACGACCUCUCGUCCUGUGGCGCUUGCCCCAACGAAGGCGGCACUCAAUGUGACUCCCUCCCGGGAACGAUUCUGGGUG